GAUUUGAGGUAGCUGAUUGCCCAAUUUCGCAUUUCAGCUGGGCACGUUGCGGUACCCCUUGGUCGAAGCAAAGCAGAAGCGGCGUGUGCGUUCCACUGCCACUGUCUCUCCACCAUCCUGAGCCUGAAGUGAAAAGAAAGCUUGCAUUUUGGGGUUCUUCUCUCAGUCCGUCUAACAAUUCUGUCGAGUGAGUGAGUUUGAAUGAUGAUGAAUAAUAAAAGCUUGAGACUACUGCUGCAGAGGCAGAGGCAGAGGUCUCUCUCGUCGUCGUCGUCCUCCUCCGUCUCUGACGAAUCUUCUUCCAAGGAGGCCAUCUUCCAUCCAACUGAGACUGAGAAUGUGAAGAGAGGGGCAAUUGGGGGAACGAUGACAACAUUUGAUCUCGGGAAUGGAAGCGAGGUCGUGCAUUUGCCCCGGUUCUUGCCCCGCGAUCGGGCUUGGGAUUGGUUCCAUUACAUGGACAAGCAUAUCCCCUGGUCCCGCCCCACCCUCACAAUUUACGGCCGCCCUCUUCUCCAGCCCAGAGAUUCAUGUUACAUAGCAAGUGAAGGAUUGCCACAGCUGAGUUACAGUGGGCAUAAGCCCCAUGCCUACUCCUGGGACGAUUUCCCUCCCCUCAAGGACAUCCUUCAUGAGGUCCACCGGGCUCUUCCUGGAAGUAGAUUCAACAGCUUGGUUUUGAAUCGUUACAAGGGUGGCAACGAUUAUGUAUCGUGGCAUUCUGAUGAAGAGACUGCUUAUGGGUUGACCCCAGAAAUUGCUUCGGUGACCUUCGGAUGUGAGCGUGAGUUUCUCUUGAAGAAGAAGCCCAGUAGAAAAGCUCGAGGACCUAGGGAUGAAACUACUAGGAAGCGGCUGAGAACGAGCACAAGCAAGGAUGAUCAGCUCUCUUUCACAUUAAAACAUGGAUCGCUCUUGGUAAUGAGAGGCUACACUCAACGGGAUUGGCUUCAUUCAGUGCCAAAGCGAGCAAGAGCUAUGUCCACUCGAAUCAAUCUCACAUUCAGGUGUAUUCUCCAGUAGGACUUAAUACUAGCUGGGACUCGGGGUUGAUCUCACUUUUGGUCUUGAAGAUUAGGUGGUUCAAUAUUAGUUGAUAGAAAACCAGGAGCCCAUGUAUAUAUUCCCAUGAACCUGAUGGAACAUAAGAGUGACUAGGUGCCAAUUAAGGUUGUCAUUUUUUCUAUUUCUUUUUUCCCCCCAACCUGUGCUAUCUAAACCUUUCAGCAUGAAUUGCCAAGGAAAUGUUACUGUGCAUGUGACACUUUCAGCAUGAUUCAAAGUUAUGAUGUGCGUUUGACAAAGUUAUGCUAGUUUA